UGAAGAUGUCAAAUUGAAACAUGUCAAAAAGUUAACAGCACCAUCCGGCAUUCACCUCACAUCCCCUAUUAUUCCUCUCUUUGUUAUCCGGUUAUCCGCAUCAGUUUCAUGGAGCGCACCGCUUUAUCUAAGAAAUUUUAAAAAAUACAGUAAUAGGACAAAUCUAUCUACUAGUCCCAUGAUACAGGAAAUGGUUUCGAAAUAUGAAGGACUGGGCAUGGUGGCACCGUCAGAAGAACCGCAGUCAAAAUAAGGCUCAGAAUGAAACCAUAUCUCCGGGCUAACAAAUUAUUUAUGAUAGAGUUACGUUCGGCGUCGAGGCUGGGUCGGCUGCGCUUGUUCGCGCAAGAGUUCGCGCGCGAUGUGCACUCUCUCUGGCGGUACGGUGCGCCCUUCCCCACGUUCCUGAAGCUCAUCGGGACCCUCUUUCUAUGCUUGCUGGUUGUCAUGCCGCUCCUCUACCCUGUGUUCAUCAUCUUCAUUACAUAUUUUACAUUCGAAGGGCUUUAUUUAAGCUGGAGACUGAAUGAGCCAUGGCGUUUUCUGCCAACUACAAUCAUGCAGCGAGCGUUGUCAGUGUCUUUCCGAACGUGCAACCCCAUGGAUGUGUGGAAAGUGCGCGAAGUACUGACACGCGGCAUCUUGCUGCUACACUCCCUGGCCACGUCUGUCGAUUAUCUAUGUGUCAUGCAGGGGCUAUUGGAAGAAACAUAGCGAUCAGUUCGAGUGUUCAUCUGAUGAAUAAAGAAAUAUGAGUAUAGUAACAAAGAAAAGAUGCCAUAGUUUGAAGAUCUCGGCUGACCUAGACAAUAUACUCCAAGAAACUCAGGAGACGCUAACAUUUCGCAUCUUGCUAGCACUCUUGUUGACUACUCUGCCUUUUGUCACGCUAGGGUUGAGGGGUGAUAUCUAACGAAUGAACAGCUACGUCCAGCUGGGAAAAGUCUAAGGAAGAUGCGUAAGUGCCUGUCCACACCUUCAUGUCACGAUGUCAUCAACGUGAAACGGUGCCGGUAACGUUGCAAAUUUACGGCCUGUAGGCCUAUUCGCUAAUUGCUUUUGACAGAUGGAAUUGAUCAUCAUCAAAUAAAUAAAACUAGUUUUAACGGGUUAAUGCACGAACUUCAUUUAUUUAUUGACGUUUCGCAGCCUUUUCAGGUCUGCAUCGUCAGAAUAAUGAAUUUUUAUUUACUUUGUCGAGCUACCUUCGAAAGACUUUGUGGUUUAAAAACCUAAGAAAUAAAUAUGAUAAUCAUCAAGUUAUUAAGUGAUCCACUACUGUUUUAUUAUAACGCUACUGUGAUACUUGUUCUGGAAAGUAUCGAUGGAUAUGCAUUUUUUUCUUUAGUUACACACAGUAAAUGUCAAAGAAGUUUGGGAAUAGGCCGGCGGGCUUGCACUUUAAUGGUAGCCAUACACACUGCGAGAAAUCGUUACGAUUAGACCAUAGCGUGUAUGUUAUAAAACUGCACAGUUUCCUAUAC